UGUUUGGCUGCCGACUGCUGACUAGCGACGCUGGAAGGAAACACACGUGGUGUAUUUACUCGAUUUACUCCCGUUACGGACAGCCGUGCAAAUCCUUCGAUUUCAUACUGAAUAAACGACAAAAUUAGUACGAUGACUGAAACAGAGGCCGUCGUUGAGAGCGAGAAUGGAAGCGAGAACAAACCCGAAGAAGACACCUCUCCAGAAAACCUGGCCAAGGUGGAUCGCCAGAUUAACUACUAUUUCGGCGACUACAACUACCCGAGGGACAAAUUUCUGCAGCAGCAGGCUCAACUGGAUGACGGCUGGAUUCCGCUGGAGGUGAUGCUCAAGUGCGCACGCCUCAAAGCCCUCACGCAGGACCCGGCUACGGUCGUGUUGGCCCUGUCCCAGUCCAAAGAUAGCGUCCUGGAGGUCUCCGAGGACAAGCAGAAGAUCCGCCGGGUCAAGCCGGCUCCCGAUGUGAACGAGGAGGCCCAGCUGCAGACCAAGACCCGCACAGUCUACUGCAAAGGAUUCCCUGAGGAUGAGAAGCUCGAUGAUUUGCUCGAGUACUUUGCCCAGUUUGGAGAGUGCGAAACAGUUUUGAUGCGACAGUAUAAGGACAAAACAAGCAAAGUCAAGAAAAUGAAAUUCAAGGGAUCACUCUUCGUAGUUUUCAAAACCGAAGAGCUGGCUAAAAAGUUCAUGGAAUUGGAAAGUGUGAAAUUCAAAGAGACGGAACUGAUCAGACAAUGGCAAACAGCGUUUUUGGAAGAGAAAAGCAAGGAGAGGCAGGAGAAAAUGUCUAGCACCAACAAGCCCAGGCGAGACAACGAUGGCAAAGACAUCAACGUAAGAGAGAGUGGCGAUGUGGAGCUGCCAAAGAACAGCGUGCUUAGUGUCAAGGAAAUUCCAGGCGAUGUCACAAGGGAAGACCUGAAGUCAGCAAUCACGAAUGCGAGUGAAGACGUGAAGGUUGCCUUUAUCAACUUCAGCAAGGGUGACACCGAAGCUACCAUCAGACUAGUUGGAGAAGGCUCUGCUUCAAAACUCAUUGAAGCUCUUGGCGAGGGUUCCAAAGUGAAAGUCAACGACGUCGAGUUGACAGUGACCGCCCUGUCCGAAGAGGAGGAGAAGCCCAUUCUGGAACUAGCAUCCAAGUUCUUGAAUUCAAAGAGGAUGUUUAACCAGAAAGGCAGAGGAAGCUUCAGGAAGGGCAAACGCAAGGGACGAGGAGGAUAUCAUGGAGGCAAGAGGGCUAGGACGAACUAAUGUCUAUUUCGUCAUUGCUGUGCAAACAUUUGUUGGAAAUAAAUUAGCUGUAUCUUUAUAACUGAAAUAA